GUGGCCACUCCGCCCACUGUCCUGCAGUCCUCGAUCUCGCUGCGUAGACUACGAUGUCUACGGCAUCCAAGCUUACGAAGAAACAGAAGAAGGGUGUUGCCUUUCGCAACCGCAAGACUGGCGGCAAGAAAAAGUCGGCUGACUUUGAAGAGGGAGAGGGACGUGAUGUGCCUAUUGCCGAGGAUCAGGACAUGGCGGAGGUAGCUGGGGAGGAGGAUGGUGUGGAAGAAAAGUCGGAAAGAGUGGACGCUGGGGUAAAGGAGGGCUCAAAGAGUAAAGGAAAGGGGAAGGAAAAGGCGAAGCCAGAGGUGGCUGCUGCAGGCGAAGGUGCCCCGGGACGGACUAAGAGAAAACGAGAAGCAGCUACGGAGGUAGAGAACGAUGGCGAGGACGUGAAACCUGCUGGAGAUGCAGAAAUCAAGCCCAAGAGUAAACGGAGGAAGGGGGACACGGGCGAGGCACUGGAGGGCGAGGAGGAUGGUGCAAAGAAAUCGAGCUCAGCACGACGCUAUAUACUUUUCUUGGGGAACCUUAAAUAUACCACUUCACUCGAGGCAAUCCAGGCUCAUUUCAGCGCAUGUGAUCCACCACCAACCAUACGUCUCCUUACGCCCAAGAAGGCACCCCACAAAUCUGCGACUGCGGGACCCACAAAAUCAAAAGGAUGCGCAUUUCUCGAGUUCAAGCAUCAGAACGCACUUCAGCAGGGAAUCAAACUGCAUCACUCCACGCUAGAUGGGCGCAAGGUCAACGUUGAGCUUACCGCUGGGGGAGGAGGGAAGAGCGAGACGCGGCUGAACAAGCUGAAGGAGCGUAACAAGGGACUAGACACUCAGAGGCGCAAACGGACUACAAAACCAGACGCAGGAGAGAAAAAGGAGGUUGCACCGUCUCGUGGCGCCGAGAGGCAGUCCGCGACCUCCGGCGUGAUGGCUGCACCAGCAGAAAAACGGACAUGGACUGUGGGCGAAGUGGAGGAGACAGAGACUCACCGUGGAGGCAAAAAGCAUGCCAAGCGCCGUCCAAGGCCCAAGAACUUUAGUACAGGCACGAAUGCGAUACCCGUUGGCUAG